UUUGAUCAUUCUUGAAUCAGCAUUAACAAUGAAGAUUGAAAAUUUUCCGCUUCGAAUAUUCAUCACUUAUUCCAGUUUGAUAGGUUUUACAUUCAGUGAAUUGAAAUGGAAAAAUUGGCCACAUCUAAUCAAAUGUGUAUCGAUGAUAAUGAUUCAUCUUUAUGUUUGUACUUUAUUCACCGAUCAUAAAAAGGCAAAAGGAAUGCAUGCAAAAGAAUUAACACGAAAUCAUUUCGGUACAAUGAUGGAUUUGGCUUUUGAAAAUUUUUUUCAAUUAGCAUUUAUCUGUUCAUAUAUAUUCUAUUAUAUAAAUGGUCAUUUAUUAAUACGUUCAUCCUAUUGGAUUUAUUUGGAUUAUGAUGCAAAAAGAAUUCUAUCAAAAUUAUUUAACCAAAUUCGACAAUACUAUCAAUCUAUUACUUUAUUAUAUUUUGUUCUUAUCAUUCAAACGGCCUGA